UUCCCUACAUGCCUUGAUUUCUGGUUUCUAGAGGUGAUAGAGAUGAUCAAUCAAAGACACGUUCUGAUAGUUUUCAGCAAAUUCUUGCACAUUUCUCGUCUUUGAUGUUAGAGUCACUGAAACACCACCAACAUUUACAACAAAGAACACCGGGUUUACCAAACAGAAAUCAAACCUCCACACUCACUCAGUCUUUGGGAUACUUGGCCUCAUUUUUAUUCUCCAAAUAGCCAUCUGUAUGGCUAUUUGUUGCCGUUUUCUAGCACCCAUCCGAUUGAUUAACCACCCAUGGUGAUUCCCGCGGUUUUAUAAGCUGUCAAUCCUCAAUCAUUCAAGUGUGAAUCUAUCAUGUUUCUCAACGGCGAAUCAAGGACCAUCGAUCAGAAGUCAUGCACUUACACCCCGUGUUAUUGUGAAGAGAACAUUUGGCAUUUGUGUCAACGUAUGAGUCGUGAAAUUCCCCACCAAUUUCAGUCGAGUUGCCAUGUGGUUUUCAUUUCCAAUCCUGAACGUGUUAUCCCCCUAUGGGCUCAGCGAGCCUCCAAACGCGAGGACGGUCUUGUCCUUUGGGACUACCACGUGAUUUUGAUACACGUUCAAGCCCAAGACGGAUCGGUGGUCGUUCUGGAUUUGGACACAACAUUACCGUUUCCUUGCUCCUUAAAAGAGUUUUACACACAAGCUAUUCGGUCCGAAGAAUUUAUUGAAUCUAAAUAUCGCCGCUUCUUCCGAGUGAUCCAAGGUCCCUCGUUUUUGGCACUUUUUGCUUCAGACCGAAGUCACAUGUUGGAUGAUCAAGGCCAAUGGCGUUCUCCGCCUCCUCAAUACCCACCCAUAAAGACAGACUCCAGUUGCAAUAACCUGGAUUGUUUUAUCAACAUGACCUCAACUCAAGAACAGUUUGGCCGUGUCUUGGAUCUACGGGGAUUUUGUAAAGAAUUUGGGUUGCAAUAGAUCGAACUGCGUGAAUGCGCCGGAUCUCUGA